CCACCGUUCCGACGUGUCGCUUGGCUUUUCUUUUCUUCCUCCAGCCGCCUCUCAUGGCCUCUGACUGGGGCUUUAACUUCCGCAACGGCUACGCUUGUGACUCGGAUUCGUCCGACGACGAUGCGGCGCCGAAGACGGAGACGGACCUGAUCAGGGACUUCGACCUGGGUUCGCGCGACGAGGGCGGCGUAAAGUAUAAGCCGAAUCCGUUCAGUAUUGCCAAGAUUAAUGCGGCGGCGAGAGGAGAACCCACGGCGAAGCAGGGAGGAGGGAAGUCGGGGAAGGCGCAGGGUCGAGGGAAGCCCCAGGCGAAGAAGGCUGGUGGAGGGACGAUCGAGCAUGCCUUCAAGAUGCAGGCUGCACGACCGAGGAACAAGGCGGUGAAGGAACCGGCUGCGAAGCAGGCGCCACGAAGCCGGCCGUUCCAGGAUCCCCGCAUCGAUCGUCCUACUCCCCCUCCUCCCGCGCAGGCACCAUCCCCACCGAUUAUCCUCGCCACCACGAAUGCUGCCACCAAUCCACUCACAACAGUGGACGCUGCCGCUUUUGCUCCGACCACAGCCUCUACGAAGGAAACUGCUGCAUCUGACGCGCAUAUACUCACUUCACUAACGGCCUCUACCGACUUAGCCCAGGAGGCACCAAUCUUGAACCCGACUUCUCCGCAACGUCAAUCAGCUCAUAUACCGACCUUCCGACCUCGCCCCCGCAUCCCCCGUUUGCAAUAUAACGUCCAAUCGUCCCCGCUGCGCUCCCAGCUGCCUCGUAGUCAAGCCGCUCGACAUGCUCCGCUUUCGUCUCCUGCUCAACCUCGUGCGUACCAUACGCAAUGCUCUACUACUUCGUCGACUGCUGCUCCUCGUGCUUCCUCCCGACCUGCUGUCCCUCAAGGCUCCACUACGCAUUCACAACCGAAAAGGUCGCCCGGCAUGUAUGCUGGCGACCCUCAUUCUCGAAGCUCUCCUGCCAAAUUGGACUUCCGGCGCUUGCAAGCCCAGGCUUCUCGACGGCAAGCUACAUCAGCUCGCUCAGUGCAUCCCACCGCCUUCGACGACCAACCCCAGAUCCUGCAAAUGCGACCCGCCAACAAGCCAUCGUCUCCGAGGCCCCCUUCAAUUACCACCAUGAGAGGUUAUACUCCCGGGCGCUCGUCACCGUCUCUCAAAGCUUCGUCGCCAUCGUCUUCCGUGUCACGCAAGCGACCUAUCAGCCAUUCAGCUCGCGGUCCUGCUUCUCGCUCGCCUUCACGCCUGCCCUCCGCGUACGCUACCUCCUUCGGCGACGCGGACGAGGAGUGGAGCACGCUCUCUGCGCCACUGCGCCCCGGAAAGCGACAGAAGGUGAACGGCGUGUCUCUGAGCGCGCCGUUCUCGAUUCCGGCGCUAUUGAGCAAGGCUGGCACGGGUGGGGGAGAGGCGAAGGCGAGGAAAGGAUUGGCCGCGAAGGCGCGUACGGGCACGGGUAUCAUAUCGAGAGGCGGUACGCGCCCGCCUGGCGACUCCCGAGCUCGCGACACUGUUCGCAAGAGCGGCGUCAGUCCUGGCUCGAGUCGGCGGGUCAUCACGUUCUUGCCGCCGCCUCUACCGAGUUCUGUCGCUAGCAAACCGGUGUCCCGCCCGAGUGCUCCCAACGCGGAGGAGAGAGACGACUCCGAUGUGCUUCCGUCCGUGAACGACGCGGAUGAGCCGAGAUUCCAAUUCUCGGUCGACGAUGUAGGCCGUCUUCGCUCCUCGUCUCCUUUGUAUGCGCGCUCGUCUAGUCCGACGCUUGUGGGCGCGAACCCGAGGACACCGGUCUACAAGGACGCACCGUACUCUGCCUACGACCAGUAUGCUCCCUACGACGAUGGUUCUGUUACGAUGCACGACGCUAUCCGUCCUGGCUACGACGACAACUUUCCUCUCCGCGCCGAUAACGCUCUUCUCUACGCCGGUGCUGGUCAUCCCUCCGAUGGCGCUACUUGCUACGACGAUGCUCGUCCAGAUGCUCAUACUCAUUACUAUGGCGCUCAAGCUCGCGGCCACGAUGCUCAUGCUCACCAUUACGACGACUACGACGACGCUGACGACUCAAUGCUCGCUAAUAUCGACCUUGAAGGCGUGCGACUGCGAUUCCCGGCGCUGAAGGCUAGGUUGCGUUCCGUGCGUAUUCUUUUCUAUCCUCACUUGCGCAUUUCUCUCUCAUUGCUUCGUGUAUUCGUUGUCUUCAUCGUUGGAUCCUGUCGUUCAAUUCGGUGCUACAUGUCUUGCCUCCCAUAUCAUCCCCCACUUACUGAUUGCACCCAGUAGCGCAAGAAGGCCGUCAUGACGAUGUGGGAG